AUGUCCGAGGAGAACGCAGAUGAAGCGGUGGGUGUCAAGCGGCCUCGUCCUGUUUCAUUCACAACCACGAGUACCCCACUGGAAGAUUCCGUGGAUGUCAUCCCACGUGUUAGUCCCCGAACCCCGCUGCCGCUGGCGCGGAAGUCAGUGAUGGGUUCGCCCGUUGGCUCCUUUGGAAAUAACACUCAGAGCGCCACCCCUAUUAAACCGAAGGAGCAGCCAAUGAUUGAGGGAGUGCAAGGCAGCAGCCGCGUUGCCAAGUGGAGCGCCCUGAUUGGCGGUGCCCUCAUGCAGGGUCGAGCCAAGGAGGAGGAGGAACGAAUCAACGCCCUUGCUUUGCGCAUUGUAACUGCCAUUCCCGGCGAUCGUUCCCUGGCAGCAGACGGCUUCCGCGUGCUCUUGGUGAACUUGAGGGACUCUAAGAAUACCAAGCUUCGAGAGGACAUUAUUGAAGGACGAUUGCCGGUGGAAGUGCUGGUGCAUAUGUCAGAGAGGGAUUUGCUGAACCCGGAGGCGAGGAAAAAUCAAGAGGAGGAAUUCUUGAAGCGGAGCAAGGACACCGACCUAAGUGAAAUACGGAGGGCAAUGGCCACCAAGUCAACUCUUUUUCCUUGUCCGUCAUGCAAGGCGAGGGAUUGUUCAUGGACACAGAAGCAAACGCGUUCUGCCGAUGAACCCAUGACCGUCUUUUGUAUCUGUAAUGUUUGUGAUCACAAGUGGAGACGCUACUGA